CUGUCAAAUAAUCAGCUGUUUUGUUGCUAUCCCUCGUACCCACGUGUUUUUAUUUAAAUUUUUACGCUCCCAAGAUAAACAAAUUCAAAAAUGCAUAAAGUAAAGCGAGAUAUAGACAAACUGAAGCAUCCCAACAGCAGAAAAACCAUAUCCAUGGUUAAGAAAAUGAAAAAACACGAGAAGAAAGACGACAAAAAACUAGGAACUCACGUCAAACAGAACUUGGUCGGUGAAAAAAUCCUGUGGUUCAAGGAGAGAAUACCGGAAGACUGUGCCGUGUUGUCCAAGGAACAAAUAUUGGAAUUGAUCGAGCAGUCCCGGGCCAGGUUUGACGAGGAAUUGGAGCAGAUAGCUUUGAAGAACUCGAUUGGUCAGCGGAGAAACCGUCAGCACGCCAGCCGAGAGGACAUCAUCAACAUAACCAAGAAGCGGGAGGUGGAGGAGUUCGCGACCUGCGGCCUGGAGCUGCCCGACCUCAUGGACCACCAGCAGAUGAAGGUGCUGAAGAACUGGAACGGAGAGCUGAGGUUCCUCCAGCAUUUCAAGUUAAAGAGAAUUUGUAGAAAGCAUUUAACGUAAUAUAAAUCUAAAAUAGA